AUGGAUGGCAACUCUGUUGUUGUUGCUUUGGUUCUCUAUCUGGUCUUAAUGGCGGGAGGUAAGGCUCUGGUGAAGGCAGAGGACGAAAGCUUCCGAUCCCUGUGCAUAAGCACUCAUUCCGAGUUCAUCCCUCCCAAGGCCACCCGGAACGUGAGACUGAGCCAAAGAGGACCUCGCUGCAAAAAUGCGGAAAUAAUAGCUACACUGAAAGGUGGCAGACAAUAAGUGUGUUUGGAACCCACUGCUCCUUGGGUCCGGCUCACCGUAAAGGCUAUUUUGGCCAGGCAGGCUAUCUACCUUCACCUGAGUGCUACAGAGAAACUCUCCAUCUCUGUGCACACCCUACCGCGGCUGCGCUGCCAGGAAGUGUUCAGGCUAUCAUCUGCCAAGCUGCAGUGGCUGUAG